AUGGAAGAAAAGUUUAAUGUUUUCGUACCAGUCAAAAAAAAUCCAUGUGGAAAGUUGGUUGGUUAUCAUCAGAGACAAAUAAUUAUCAAUUUGUACAUUUCAAAAAUGACAGCGCAAGCCAAACAUCCAAAUAAACGACGCCUUAAGUACAUAGAACUUAUCAAAUUUAUUUCACAGGAAACCGGAAUUGGUCAACGCACAAUUUCAAAGACUUUAUCUGAAUACAAGAGAAAAGGUACAAUUUCAUCGCCUAAUAGAAAAAAAGUAAGACCAAAAGGUGAUAUAGUCUGCUGGAGACAAAAGUACUUGGAAUCUAUUAGAUAUUAUCGUAGCCAUGGUCGUCAAAUUUAUUACCUCGAUGAAUCUUGGAUAAACGUAGAAGAAUCAGCUAAAUCAGUGGAUUCCACAAUUCAAUCUGGACAAAAGAAUCUAUCAGGUAAAGGAAAGCAAUUAACUGUUGUCCACAUAGGAUCGUCUGAUGGGUUUGUUGCUGGUGGUCUUUGGGCUUUUGAAUCAAAAAACAAUUCUAGUGAUUAUCAUGAUGAAAUAAAUGAUGUCACAUUUUACGAAUGGUUUAAAGGCAUUAUAUCGUUAUUGGAAGACAACGCAGUGAUCGUUAUGGAUACUGCAUCGUACCAUUCGGCCAAAAAAGAUAUGUUUCCCCUCAUUUCGUGGGGAAAUGGUAAAAUUAUAAAAUGGUUGGAGAAUAAGGGAAAGCUAAUUCAUCGACCAAUGGUUAAACAUCAACUAUUAGAAGAGGCAGAACAAUUUCGACCGGUUUGUGAAAAGUACGUAAUUGAUGAAUUAGCAAAAGAAAAUAAUAAAAUAGUACUUAGGCUACCUCCAUAUCAUUCUGAGUUAAAUCCGAUCGAGUUAGCAUGGUCCUUUGUAAAACGCUAUGUCAAAACAAAUAACAUGACAUUCAAAUUACCAGAUGUACAAAAACUACUACAUGAAGGUGUGGAACUAGUGACACCUCAGAUGUGGAAAAAAUUUAUAAAUCACGUCAUCAAAAAAGAAGAUAAAUUCUUUGAAAUCGAUUUCAUCACCGAUGAACUUUUGGAAGCGGAACUCGAGGAACCCAAUGCUUCACACUCUCAAACCAUAAAGUGCGAAGUCUCUGAUUCUGAAGCUGAAUUUGAUUACUUAUAA